UCCAGAAGGUAGGGCAACUCUAGCUUAAGCUGGUACACAUACUACGUUACAGUGUCCUCCAUCUUGGUUCACAUACUUCGGGAGUACCGCUUCUCCAUUUAUUUCUUCAUUAUCUUGCAUAUAAUAACGCAAAUGUGCAAGAAUAAGAAUAAAUUUUUAUCAUGCUUUGGCGAUGAUGUAAAAUCAGUGUUCUGAUUGACGACUAGUUUCGGUUUUGCAAUUUUGAUCCAGAAAAAAUAUAGUCUAGGCAUUGUGAAUAAAUUUUUAUCAUGCUUUGGCGAUGAUGUAAAAUCAGUGUUCUGAUUGACGACUAGUUUCGGUUUUGCAAUUUUGAUCCAGAAAAAAUAUAGUCUAGGCAUUGUGACUUCCGUGCAAACUUUUGAAAAUUCAGUUUGCAUAAAACUCUUUCUGAUAUGAUAUUUUCCUUAAACUAGAUCUGUGAAACAAGGUUGAUCUGUAACAUAGUGAGUUUAAUUAGAACUUUCCAACCUGGAACUGAAACAAUGAAUUUAACUCUUGAUGCAUAUGAUUUGAAUCACUGUGGGAAAAUGAUGAUGGCACUAAACGAACAAAGAGAAAGUAAAGGGCAUAGUGACUUCGCAAUUAUGGUCGGCGAUGAGAAAAUAUCGGCACACAAGAAUGUUCUGUCAGCAGGAUCAGAUUAUUUUCGUGCAAUGUUGUCUCAUGAAAAUGUUGAGAGCAGCACUGGCAUUGUAGCAAUGAAACAAGUUCAAUACUCGAGUGUGAAAACUUGCAUCAGUUACAUUUAUACUGGUAAUUUUCCAACUCCUGGACAGGAGGAGCGUCAGCAACUGAUGCACACAGCUCACAUGUUACAGUUACAAGACAUGUGCGACAAAAUUGCAACAUCUCUCGAGGAAGAAUUGAGUCCGGAAUCGUUCUAUUCAACAAGGACGAUCGCAAACACUUUCAACUGCGCUGGUUUAGUUGAAAGUUGCAACAAAUUUGCUCUGAAAAAUUUUCAAGCCAUUGCUGUUCAAGAUGAUUUCAAACAUUUUGAGAAAGAUUUUGUUUCUAUCUUGGUUGGUUCGAAAGAAACAAAGGCAGCAGAAGACAUUAAAUGCAAAGCGUUGAUUAUCUGGACAAGUUAUGACAUCGAGAAUAGGAAAUCAUGUUUUGAAGAGAUGUUCAACAAACUGGAUUUGGGGAAAAUGACAAUGUCAUAUCAAAGACAUUUGAUUGAAAACGAGGUUUUGGUUUUUGAAACAAAUUCAUGUCUUCGAGCCAUUGCAAUUCUGCCUUUCAAUCGAAACAACAUAAAAGCUAAAGAUGUCACUCUUCAAGAAUUUCCUGUUGACAAUGCAAUUGCCGUGUUCGAUAAAACUUCUAAAGCGAUUCAAGCAUUUGAUCCUGAGUUGAAGUCUUGGACAAUGAUACAGGACAUCAGUGAUGAUUUCGUUCAAAAGGAAUUUACCGCUGUUGUGCUUCAUGACAUCAUCUAUGUUCUCGUGUGUGACGGAACCAAUUAUCAACUGAAUUAUAACGAUACCAAUUUUUCCUUGAUUGAGCUGGCAGAUAGAAAAAUGACAAAAAAUCGUGUGGCCGCGGUAGCAUUUGAAGGUUCAAUCUAUGCAUUUGAUGAUUCUGGCAACAACAGUAAAACAGUUGAGAAAUUUGAUCCAUCUGAUGGAACUUGGUCUCAUGUCACUGAUAAACCUGUGGAAGGAUAUUAUACAUCAAUACUUGCUGUAGGAGGUUUCAUCUACUGUAUUGGAGGGUUCAAAAGUGGAAGUCUAUCUAAUGCAAUGAAAUUUAAUCCAUCAGAUUCAACAUGGACGACACUUCCUUCGAUGCCUACUUCAAGAUAUGGUGCAGCUGCAGUUGAACUUGAUGGGAAGAUAUAUGUCAUGGGUGGACUCAACAACAAGGGCUUGAACAUUACGGAAUGCUUUGAUGCAGUUGCUGAAACAUGGGCCACUGUUGCCAGAUUAAACAAUUCAAGAUACUAUUUCAAAGCCUGUGUUAUUGAAGGAAAGAUAUUCGCCGUUGGAGGGAGUAUUUCCAAGAAUACAAUAGAAGAAUAUGAUCCCGCUGUAAAUUCCUGGAAAGUUGUUGAAACAAUGGAUGGAAAAAGCACUGAGAAUUGGGCUUCCAUCGCUUUCAAUGUUCCUCUAUAAACAAUGGCUGAAUAUUCCACUCCAAUGCUUCCACUUGAGCCCUUUUACACUGCUAUGGUUGACAAUCACUCCAAUGUUUGAGAACUUGUAUUAUCUUAUCCUACAUGUUUGAUCAAAACAGCGGAUUUUCAAUAGAUUAAUAUUUUUUCUUUACGGUGUGAUUUCAAAUUGUAAAUAUAAUUUUAUUCAGCAAAACUCAAGCAAGUCAUUAUUAUAACUUGAGAUUAAUUAGAUUCUAUUGUUAAUUGUUAUUGUUAGUGAUUUUCAACCUAUCAAUAAUUCUUGCUUUUUUAAAUUUCAGUAAUUUUCAACACAACGGGAACAAGUCAAUGUUAGAACUUGAGAUUAUUGAUAUUCCAUUGUUCACCCUGCAUCUAUGUAGAUUAACGUAUUAAUUCCGGUAAUUUUCAAUCUAUCAAUAAUUUUUGCCCUUUUAGGCGUGAUUUUAAAUUGUAAAUAUCAUUUUAUGUUGCCACAACGGAAAUUUAAGUCAAUAUUGGAGCUUGGGAUUAAUUGGAUUCCAUUGUUACGACUUUAUUUAUCCAAAAUAUAUUGUGUGCAUUAGCUUAAUAUUUACUAUAUGUAACAGUUAUUCCAAUUAUUCUUUACUAAUAAUGCGUAACGUUUAAUUCUCAGUAGUGUAAAGAGAAAAACUAAAAAAUAAAAUAGUUCGUGUAUGUAAUUCCAGCGACGUGACAGCCGAAGAUAAUAUUGCAAUUCCUUUUUUCAUUCAUUUUUUUUUCGAAGAAAGUAUUAGAUGUUUGGCAUUUAUCUACUUCUGGUCUUCAUUGCGUGAAGUGUAUUUGACUGUUUCAAACUCUGUCAUUCAAUAGUUGAUUCCACCCCAGACAACCUAGUUUUAGGAGGCUGGAUUUAGUGCAAUGUGUGUAUUGUAGACGAAAUCAGCUGAAAGUUGAAGACUUGCGUCUAUGCUUGAGUAAAACCACGCCACGAUUUUAGAAACUUGAUGAAGAUUGGGGAUUAAUUUGUCCAUAAAAUUAUUGCGUGUCGAUCUGUAUUUUUGAAUAUCCCGCUGCGGGAUUUAACUAUUUUUUGAAAUUUAUGGCCCUAUUAAGUUAACCUAUGAUUAUAAUAUAAACAAAAAACACGGUUUGCUCCUCCUCGAGAUGAAUACGAACAAUUUUAUUUUUUAUUAAUGAAAACAUAACUUUUUAUACACACGAUAACACAUAAAUACAAAUGCACUUAAAAAAAGAGUUCAUGAUAACUUUCCAUUUUAUGUGUUUCGACAGUUUACAUUUUUUUAUUUUUUCACAUUGAAAAUACUUUUCAUCAUAUAUACCGGUAAAAAUUGAUCAAAUUGAGGCCUUUCACU